CCUUUCGAGUUUCUUCCCAGCAACAUUCAAUGGUCUGCGGAGACCGGGCUGCUCGCUAGUAGAAAAGAAUAUAAAUGUCAAAUAGUGGUUGAUUUUACAGAACGCAGCUUCCAGAAUUCUGGAAACACCAGGAAGGCGCACGUCCCAGUCAGUCGCCUCUCGGGCUUUUUUCUUUACACAGCCUUACUUCAGCGUGUGCGAAGAGACAUAUGUCGCCCGUGCACUUGUCUGAGGGAGUGACCCCCCGGUGACGCCGCUUCUUGAUUGAGGCUCUGUUUUCUUCGAUGAAAUUAAAGGCGAGUGAAGUGUCAGUGAGUUUCCUCUCUUCUAAGAACAUGCUCGAGGUCGUCAACUGGUCUGCACGACAACUACACACGGUGCGGAAACGGUCCGUUGGCCAAAAUAAUCGAAACCACCAACAACGAUCUGCUGCAAGUUCGUCAGAAUCCAGUAAUUGAAGAAGGCCGUGUUGCAGCAAAAGACCGCAGCAAGUGUUUGUUUUCGUGGUGCUCCUUCACAUCAUCUGUUUCGCAGCCGCUCUUUCGUCCGCCUGCGUUUGCGUUCGAACUGCGGGAUGACGUUAGGGUCUCUCGCCCUUCGAUAGCUCCAGAAAAACCCCCUUUUUUAUACAAGGCAAUUUUUGGCUGAUCACACCCUUGUGCCCCAUCCUGAGAGAACGCUGUGAAUUUAUACUUCUUGACAUACGCAAGAAGCGAGACUUCUUCACUCCAUAGUGUCGGUGGUGUUGUGCAUCUGGACAGAAUAUUUGAACCGACCCUCACACGGUCAGUCUGGCCAUCCUGUUCCAAAAAUAUAACCAGUUUCAGAUUCUGUAGUGGUUUCCGUUCAAGUGAAAAUCAAGUGGCCAUGCCCGUUUUUGGGUUGUCAUACCAGGUGCGCGGUUGCGACUCUGCGCCCUUCGUAGCUGAUUCCGCCAUUGAGAUCCCAAAACGUCGUCCGUAGAAUGAUUGGACCUCAAAGGGUUUAUGCCGGUGGAGUGCUGUUUCAUUUAGUAGUCCUGGUUUGCUUUCUCUGGAUUCGAAACAUUCCUGAAACGCACGGAGGGUUCCUUGGAGCCACUCUCGGUUCAAGCGGUUCCAGCCCUUCUCUGCAGAGACCGUAUCGCAACUGUCAUGGUCAUUGGUGGAGUCAUCUUCGAGGUGGCGCGUCUACCGGGUCGACUCAAAUUACUAAGCGUUCCACAAAAUGGGCAUCAGGAAGCAAGGAAAUGCCAUUUUCGGCCCACCCGGGUAAAACUGGUUCUAUAGGAAAAUUUGGUGGGGUCCCUCAAUGGUCGAGCAGGCAGUCGCGCGGCCUCCUUUUUCUGAAAUGUGGCCACAAAUGCGGAGGAUAUGGCGUUUCUGUAAGCCUGGUGAGAUUUCUGCAUGGCUCGUGUGCCUCGACGUUUGUGUCUACCAACGACGGGUGCCAUUCCCUCAACGAUGCCAGGGCCAGAACGGGUAGGAGGCCUUUGCCCCCCGUACACUUUGUCUCCUUGUCUACAUCUUCUCCCGCAACUCUGUACGCGUUUCACUCGUCGUCAGCGGUUGCACUGUAUCCUUUCAAGGCUAUUGAGACGAAAUGGACCAAAUACUAUGCGGAGAACUCUGGAGAUUUCUCCCCGCCUCUUCCAAGGCAGCACAACAACUUGGAAGAUUCGGAGCGUGUACGGGAACUGAAGGCAACCAGGCCGGAGAGUCACCCAUUAGCUGGGACUCCUUCAGAAGAAACCAGCCACCAUUCGGAUUUGACAGCGUUUCCCAGUUUGCUAGAGCGGCGCAAGUUCUACAUUCUUUCCAUGAUCCCGUACCCUUCCGGGGCAGGACUGCAUGUUGGUCAUAGCCUCACAUACACUGUAGCCGACGUGGUCGCGAGGUACCAGCGGCUGCGUCUUCGCGGAGAGCUUGUGAAGUCAAGAGAGAAUGCCGACGAGACUCGACGCGUUUCCUCUUCCGCAUCAAAUAGGAGUUGUUUCACAGUUUGUAAGGAGGCGUCCGAUGCAGAGAGUCCGACUCUAGCCAAUCGGCAGGCGGAGUCACCUCUGACGGAGCUGCGAGGGAGUCUAGAGAGCACCUCACAUCAUGACGGUCGACUUGCGCAGGACCUCAAGGAGCUGCGAGCCUUCAAGGCGCUCAGGUCAAUCCACGACAAGCCCGAACAAGGGCCGAUACAGAAAGACCAGGUUGCUUGCUCUGAGGCAAAUGUACAAGGCCAAACGACAUCGGAGGCAUCCGCAGAGGGUGCGAGACAACGGAGACGAGCAGCUCCACAACCAGACGUACUGCAUGUGAUGGGAUGGGACUCCUUCGGACUCCCUGCAGAACAACACGCGCUUGCGUCUGGCAUUUCUCCGCGCUUGUCUGUUCAGACGAACAUUGACCGUUUUCGCCAGCAGCUGCGAAGACUCGGCGUGUGUGUCGACUGGCGUCGGGAAGUCAACACGAGCAGUCCUGAAUUCUAUCGCUGGACUCAGUGGAUCUUCGUGCAGAUGAUGAAGCGGGGGCUCGUAUACGAAAAACUUGCAAAUGUCAACUGGUGUGAAGGCCUCGGUACAGUAUUAGCCAAUGAGGAGGUGAUCGACGGCUUCAGCGAACGAGGUGGCUUCCCGGUGAGCUCUCGCCAGCUGAGACAGUGGCACCUUCGGAUCACGGCGUAUGCAGAUCGGCUCCUAGAUGGCCUCAAGAGUCUUGACUGGCCAGCCGAUGUCAAACGUAUGCAGCGCAACUGGAUAGGUCGUCGGGAUGUGCUGCUUCUAGAUCUCUCAGUUUCGGACUGUGUGGAUGGAGUGGAGGCGUGCGAGGAGCCACACGAACAGGAACGGGCAGGCUUUAAUGACGCUGUUGUGCCCUCCGGUAGAGUUCCAACGAACCUCCGAUGUGUGGCGAUCUCUCCCGAGUUAAUUUUUGGGGCUACUUUUGUCGUGGUUCAUAGUUCGCACCAGGAUGCCGGUUUACUUGCGCGAACAGCUACGUGUCGAAACUAUUUGGAAGAGAAGGCUAAAGGUGGGAACCGUGUGUCGGCCAAAGAAGAUCGUUGUGAUGGCCAGUUUUCGGGUGUUAUGGUUGAUCAUCCUGUUAUCCCAGAUAAGAAGCUUCCCGUGUGGAUGAGUGACAGCCUUUUUACUCAGCUACACGGCUUCGGAGGUUUAUAUAAUGAGACGGAUGCUCUACUUGUGGUUCCAGAGAGUCAAGCGAGAGCGCGAGAGUUUGCUCAACAAAAGGGAAUACAUGUAGCGCAUAUCAUUGAAAUGAAUGGCGAAGCGAAGAGGAGUUCCAAAGGGGGUAAACAAUUGGACCUCAAAAGUAAUGACGUCAUCCAGAAGACAAAUCGAGGGGCAGAUCCUACUAAAAAUGCCGGCGAGGACGUGAACCAGAACACGGAGAAAUCAGGAACACAAGGCGCAGAACAGUCCGGCGAAGGCGUUGAAACGGCGGCGGCUGUUGCCCACAUAGACGAGGGAUACGGAAGCGCCCAGGUGCCGACAUUAUCAUGUUCCUCAGGCGCUUUAGACGCAAAACUGGUUAACUCGUCAGUUGAAGGACUGCUGUCUCUGGACGGCAUGAGCCUAGGAUGCGCGAGACAAGAGGUUAUUCGUUUCUUCACUAUGACAAAUAGCCGAGGUCGCCACGAAGUGAGGUAUGCCAUGAGAGACUGGCUUUUUAGUAGGCAGCGAUUCUGGGGGGAGCCGAUUCCGUUGAUCCGUAGUCGGAAGCAUGGAGAGGCGAGUCAUGUAGUGCCGGUGAACGAAGCAGAUUUGCCUGUUCUUCUGCCUGAGGAACUCCCACUGAAAGGUGGGAGCACACCCACAAAGGACGAAGUGACCACUCAAACGACAGUUCAGGAGAAAAGUGAGAUUGAAGCAAGAGACUUGUCUUUACACCUAAGCGCCUCACAUAAUACGGAAAAGACGACCGACGUGAAUGACAGCGCGUCACAAAAAGGUGCUUCGACAAGGACGAGUCUAUCGCCUUUGCUGACCCAGGAUGAUGAAACCACAGCAACUACCUUGUCGCCAUUGUACAGUCUGCCUGAGUGGUGGAAUGUGACAUUGGCAGUGGACCAAGUAGAUGGCAUGAACAUGGCUACUUCUGUCAAAAACAGUACUGAGGAUGAACUUGAAAAGGCGACAUCAUCGUCUAGUGCGGAAGGGAGCGCUGGAGGACCACAGGCUGUCUCGCUCCAGAGAGAGACGUCAACCAUGCCGCAGUGGGCAGGGAGCUCGUGGUACUUUCUUCGAUUUCUCGAUCCACGGAAUACUCGCGAGCCAUUCACGAGGGAAACAGCCCGCUUUUGGAUGCCUGUCGACAUGUAUGUUGGCGGGAAAGAGCACGCGGUCACCCAUCUCUUGUAUGCCAGGUUCUGGCACAAAGUGCUCCAUGACCUCGGCCGGGUGGCCUGCGAUGAGCCGUUCCAGCGCCUGGUCACCCCCGGUAUCAUCCUCGGAUCGCCGAAAUAUUUUAUGUUCAAACGGCAAGAUACUGGCAAAAUUGUGUCUUCUGAGACAGUAGAACUCAUGGAUAAGACGAAUUUGACUCGUGAGGAGAAUACGCAUGGCGUGCAGGCAGUGGCGGGAGGAAGUGCAAAUAUAUUACCAAAAGAAUUCAAUUUGUCAUUCCAGGUACCCGAUUCACCUUCCGAGAUACUGUUUGGCGUUCACGCCCCUUCUGGUCAGCCUGUGUAUGGAGUAGAAGUGCCGCCAAGCGCAGUGGAUGUGAGCGCGAAGGGAAUGCCUGUUCUCAAGGUUAAUGGGGAUGUCCAGGUAUACCGUCGGCAUGAGAAGAUGUCCAAAUCGCGAGGCAAUGUCGUAUCACCGGACAGCAUUAUUGACGCAUACGGUGCGGAUUCGCUCCGACUUUACCUUUUAUUCAUGGGUCCUCUUGAGGCACGGAAGAUGUGGAAUACUUCAGGCGUUGUGGGGGCCUUCCGGUUUCUGAACAGAGUGUGGAAUCUUCUUGUUUUGUCGGCUAAGCAUCAUUCUUCAAAGCAAGAAGGACACCACUGCUCGACAGUUACGGGUUUUGCAACAGUUGACAACUCAUUGUCAAGCAAUGCUCAAGGAGUCACCCCAGCGACGCUGAACUUGACGAACACUCCCCCGUCCUCGUUCGAGCGCGAGCUCAUGAAACUGUUGGUGGCCCGAGUUACCGCCGAUAUUGAACGGAUGUCCCUGAAUACCGCUAUUGCAGCCCUCAUGGCCAACGUUCGAAAACUGACUGCCUGGACAGCGAAAGGAAACAGGCUGUCCGUCGGUACCGCUAUUGACUUAGUCAAGCUGCUUCACCCAUUUGCCCCGUUUGUGACAGAAGAAUUGUGGCAGAUGAUCCACGCGUCUUUCCCAGAUGUCUCUUUAUAUUCCACUACACCGUCCCUUCUCGCCUCAGCGACCUGGCCGACACCCUCGAAGGAGGAGAGUCGCGUUCAUCCACGAAGUGGAAGGGUGGCCGAAAGUGAAAAUGAGGCUGAUUCAAUCGUAUUCUCAAUCCACGUGGAUGGGAAGCUACAGGGAACAGUUCAUGUUCCUCGUAGCUCGAUGCAUGACGAGGGAACGGUGUCGGCGUUAGCCACCACUUCCCCAUGCCUGAAAAAGUGGGAGAUCCUGCUCAAGUCGGGGGGAAGAGGAUUCACAAAAAUCGUGUGUAUCCCAGCUCGGCGCGUCAUCAAUUUCGUGACUGGAACGGUCGCCAGUAAACAAGUAUUGGGUCACCAACAUGUGUGUAGGCAGAAUCAGUCACGGAAGUAGGUUGCUUUGGACCUGAUGCGUCUCCAAUACUACAUGGGCCGAUGCAUGGAAGGCAGAAGCAAUGAAGCUCUCUGUCUGGUAAUUACGAUGCGCCUCAAAUGCAAGAUUGUCAUAGGCUGCUGGUUCGCAGCGGUGUGAGAACUGGUCUACUAUACGAUGGAAGCACAAGGUAAACUUUUUAUCACACUUGUUACGCGCCUGUUACCAGCUUAAACGAAAUGCCACACCCAAGGAAUUCGUCUUUGUCUGCCAGGGGGGUGUGAAACGCCCGUUGAUCCCCCCGCUCUGAUGUUCUAUAAUACUCGC